GAAAAAUUGUACUUUAAUGCUUCUUGUGUUCAUUUCUGACUCCCUAUAGCGACCAUGCAUUCUGUACUUGUUGAUUAGAUCCAGAACUGAACAUUCUCAGACAGACAAUCUAUCUCCCUCUCAAGGUGACCGAUUGUUCAUGGCCUGAGUCUGCCUUUUAACCCUGGGCUCUGGCUCCUUUCUGUCUGAUGCCUCACCAGACCCAAGGCUGUAGACCUUGUGUAUUCCCUGUGUAAUAUGAAGAUCUUCACCCACAGUGUGAUAAGGAGAUUCCACCAGGUCCAGGGAGAAAGGUUAAAAGGCAGAAACAACUUUAGGAUCGUGGGCUCUUUGCAUCACACCUUCGUGGUGUGUGCACUGAUCUCCCCAGCUGGUUUUUGGUUUGUUGAUGUGCACGAUCAACAUCCAUGCUUUUUAUUUGCUUUCCCCAUUAUCUUUAUUUUCUUUAUUAUUUCAAUAAAUCGCACAAAAGGACAACUCUCUCAUCUGCUUCUUUAUGGAAAAUUUCCACCACAGGAGCUGAAGGUUCAAUCCCACCAAAGCACCCACUAUGUUCUUGAGUAAUACACUAUAGCUACUAAAUCAAAACAGUCAUUUUUUGGACACUGUGUAUUAUGGCAUAUAUUGUCUCUUUAUCCUCAGGAACAAGUCAUCUGGUCAAGAGGUCUUGCCCUCGUAGCUGGUCUGAAAUCUAUGGCCGCUGUUUUCGUUAUUUUUCCAGUUGCAUGACUUGGGCUGCAGCUGAAAAACACUGUCAGUUCAUUGGUGAAAACCUCACCUCUGUGCAUAAUUUUAAUCAACACCAAGGAAUUGAGGACCUGAUAUGGACCAUUAAUCUUCACUAUUCAAAGGUUUGGAUUGGAGGCACUGAUGCACAGCACGAUGGUGUUUGGUUCUGGAGUGAUGGUUCAACUUUCCAGUAUACCAAAUGGUGUCAUGGACAGUUCAUCGGGAUGAAUCCUGAGGGGGACACCAAGGCUACACAAGGCAAAAUCCCAUCUGAAAGAAGAAGAAAAAGAUUACUUCAGUCAAACCUUGUGACUCCAGUCUACUAA